UAGAAAGUCCAAGCAUGCAAUGCGUACAUCAAAAUUUGCAUGAGAAAGAUUACUCGACUUUGUUCGAGUAAAACUUGCUACCAAAACCGCCAACCAAACAGCACAUGUUCAGCAAAUUUUGUAACUCAAGAAUUUGUAAGUUCCAUCCAAUACACAAUACAAAAUGAAUAAAACAAUCUUGUUUCAAAAUCACCAUAAAACAAUUAAGGAUCCGUUUCAUUGUUUCUUCUGCGGAUAAUAUAUCCUGGUGUGCCGUCUUAUCUUUUCUAAUUGAAACAGGUGGAAAUCACAAACCAUGGUCCAAAGAAAGAGGCGGCUAAACGGUCAGAGAGCGGCGCAGCUAAGGUGGAAUACAGAACGUGCCAAGAAACAACUUUCUGACGAAGUCGGUUCAGAAUUACAAGAAUUGACCAACGACGAGGUGAUCGAGACGAUAGAAGCGCCUGUAGAGGAGGACGAGGAGGACGAUCCUACUGUUCCUCCGACAAUUUGCAUAAUUUGCUGUUGUCCUGCCCACAAAAAGAAGUAUCCCACAAAAGUAAAAUUUCUGCUGGGACAAGUCGUCCCAUAUUCGCUCCUUUGCGACUCGCACUUUCGCCAGGAGGAAAUUGAACAGCACAUCGACCUCUGCGUGUCGUGUGUGCGACUGCUCGGAAAAGGGGAACGUUUACAUGAGCGGAUUGUCACACUGGAGAAGGAGUUGGACAAGGUGAAGAACAAUGUCAAGAAAUUGGUGCAGAGUUCCGCCCUCGUUAAGCAGGAGGAGGACGAGGACGGUGGAAAUUUGGUGGUGGGAAGAAUAUACGGAAAUAUUAGAGAACAAUUGCUGAGUGAUUUCGUAAGGAAAGAGGACGAAGAAAGCUUUUUCGUCGCGGACUGGUCAGGAGUAAACUUUUAUGAGAAUGAAGAACAGCAGACGGAGAAUAUUUUUAGACCGGAAAUUGGAAAUGAUUCCUUAGAAUUUGCAGAGGAUUCAGUAGUCGAAGAAGUUGUUGAGAAUAAUUCACUCGGUGAAGAUUCAAGUAUUGCAAAUAGAACCGGUACAGAUAUUGCAAAUUCAACCGGUGAAGAUUCAAGUAUUGCAAAUUUAACCGGUGCAGCUUUAAGUACAAAUAUUGUAAAUUCAGUCGGUGCAGAUUCAAGUAUUGCAAAUUCCAUUGGUGCUAUCGCAAAUUCAGUAGUUUCUGGUAUUAAACAAGAUUACAGAAAUUUUCCAGAAUUUCAGAAACUACACAAGGGUAAAGUUGUAGCUACGUAUUCGAAAACGACUCCCAAACGAAGCAUUGCUCCAAUCAAAAUUAGCAAGUUAUUGAAAGUGCAACACAAAGAUAAGAAAAAAUAUACCCUUAAACCAGGCUUUGAAAAGUCUAAAAUCUCGACAGUAAAGAAACCUAGAGUAUUACCAAUACAUCAAACAGGGAUUUUUGGUCACCUCGUGACCCCGUCGACGACUGAAAGAAGUUUCGGCCUGCCCUUAGUUAUUGAACCGAUAUCGGUCCCGGAGGUUCGAAAGCUACCUGAGCUGCUGACUACUACCUCCACAAAAAGUCAUUAUCCUUGUGCCAUUUGUCCAGAUAAGUUCGAUACCCUCGUGGAGGCUACUUUACACCGGAAAUUUAUUCACCCAGGUUUCACCCUUUGCGCUAGUCCAGUUCUAAGUCUCCAAUGCGGAAAAAUAUUCAGAUCUUGCGACAUAAAACGUCACAGGAUAGAAAGCCAUCCACUUCUUCGGUGUCCCGAAUGCAGGGAAUCGUUCACCACCACGGACCGAUUGGAAUCUCACGUGGAGUCAGCUCAUCACCAGGACGGAUCUGUGCCACCGCCACUGCCAGAAUUUGGAUAUGAUGUCAAACUAAUCCCGUGGGUGAUCCCGAUGACGAAGGAUGAAAUACGAGAAGCGAGCCAGGAUCAGGGAUUUUUUCGUGUCAACUUGAGGCGGGUGGAAAUUGAGGACACGCCGGAACACGUGGUGGUCGUUGUCGAGCAUGCUGAUGAAGCGCUCCCGUUUGGUUUGGUAUCUCAAAUGACGAAUGAGUCCAACAAUGAGAUAGAAAUUCUAGAUAGUGGGGCUGAUUCUGCAUCAGAAAAUAUUCAUAACACUGAAAAUACAAGAGUUCUAACUCAACCUGUGAAACCCAAGAAAAAGAAAACUAUUAUAUACAACUGUGGCGUCUGCAAUACAAAAUUCCCCGUACAAUCCGAUCUCCUUCAACAUUUGGCCGAUGCGCACAACCAGACCCCGAAAUUCGGGUGUUUCGUGUGUCUCAAAGAAUUCACUUCACUCAGUGAAUGCGAAGCGCAUGUUUUAUCCGACCACCCUGACGCCAAACUACCCGAGCAAAAGGUCAAAAUAGAGACAAGAAAAAUUAGCAGGAUCGCCGAGAACAAGUAUCGGGUGUGGCCUUUUAUGUGUAAACCGUGUCAGUUACGAUUCGUCUCGCUUCCCGUACUACAAAAUCAUUUAAUAUCGGAGGAUCACGCAAAAACGGUGGAACUAGGACGAUUGGAAAUUUGUCCACGAGAUGGAUGUAGCCAUAAGUACCGUGGCCAAGCAGCGUUGGAUUCCCAUCUGGCCGAACAUGAACAUCUCGACAAGAAAAUUAAAUGCCCCCAAUGCCAUUUUAAAUUUGUGGAUUCAAACCUCCUCUUACACCACCGGGUCCGAUGUCAUCAAUACGUUCCCACAGAUGCAGAAACUUUACAGCCAAUUGUGCAUCCGUGUCGCGUUGAAAAUUGCGGAAAAGUAUUUAACCAGAAAGGCCGACUCGCAAGACACAUGGCGACCAUGCACCGAGUAGGAAAACACAUGUGUGACCAAUGCGGCAAAGUUUAUUCACAGUUCGCUCAUCUCAAUAAUCAUGUGAAAUACGUACACGAAAAGGUGCCAGGAAAAUACGUGUGCGACAUUUGUGGGAAACAUUUCCAAACCAAGUAUUACACCUUGAUUGUCAUCGACCAAUUCAUGGCGAGGAGCGUGCCCAUCUUUGCUCUCAGUGCGGAAAAGCGUUCAAAACCAGGAUAAGUUUAACGAUUCAUAACUACAGUCAUGAUCCAGAGCGUUGGACGAAACAUUAUCCGUAUCGGAUUCUAGUGGAAAAACGGUUACAAACCCAGCGGAAAAGAGAGGCAGCUGCAGCGAUUUCCGGUGAUACAACUGCGACGAAGAGGAGGCGAAAAUCCAAUAUUUCGAAAGAAACAGAUAUAGUCGACCAAUUUGUCUGCACAGAAGAGGACGAGGGUCAAAUGGUUAAGGUGGGAGGGAACGAGGAAGUGGAUGAUAUUUAGAGAAAAACUAUAUUUAUUUAUUUGAAAUAUGGAUAUAGUCAAAUGAAACCCUUUAAUAUAUAACUAUAUAUAUAUUUAAAGUAAAACAAGACUGUAGCCUAUUUAGUAAACAAUUAGAGAGAUAAAUAUUUAACUAUUUAUAUAUAAAAAGCAGUAUCAAUCAGCCUUCACUCUCUGCCCGGACCGCUGUAUCUCCAGUCCGACCAGAAUGCCAUAAGACUUUUAACUAUGUGGAACUGCGUACUGCGAGUCACAAGGGGACGUUCACAUAAGGCGUCAUCAAAAAGCGACUUAAAAGUACAAAACUCAAAAUUAAUUUUUUCGAUAUGUGUCUAACAUAUCGUUGUUAGACAAUUACUGAGAUAAUUGGUCAAAGAUAGUGCCACAUUCUGUGCGUAUGUCCCCCUCCAUUCAUUCAAAAAUAUUUGAAGUUAGCUGGCAACCUCACAUAACGAGAUAGGAAAAGUCCAGGCAGAGAGUGAAGCCUGGUAUCAAUUAUUCCUGACUAUUUAUAUAAAAAGUGUAUUUAAAUAUAUCGAACAACGAAGUUUUGUACUCACUAAUUUAAUAAUUUAACGGUUCCCGACAAUCUAAAUUUGUACCUCGUCGCCUAAAAAUAUUAAAAAUUAAUUUCCUACAAUUUUAUGUACUUAUUUAAAAGCACCUAGAAAAUAUCUCAUCCUUCAUGUGUAUGUAAAACAUAAAAUCAAAACCUCUCCAUAAUUUUGUCUCACUUUCCUUCGUUUUCAAGGUUUGCUCAUGUUUUGCUUUUGACUUUUUCAGUCAAAACCUGAGACCGGGACUUGCUCAUCAUUUCAUCAAUCAGUCUAGUGUUCACCUUCUUGCGAUACGGUGUACGGUGCACGGGAAAUAGUUUACCAUGUUCUCUUCGUGUUGUGGCUAAUUUUUUCCAGUUUUUAACCAGACAUUUGUAGUAAUUUCCUAAACACAAAAUUCAAAAAAAUCAACAAAAAUUGAAAAUGUCCAAGCCAAGGAGAAGACAAUGCCAGCCUUCCUGCCUUCCCCCUGAAUAUGGACGUCGUCGCCACCAUUUGUUCGUUCUUGCCCCUUAGCGACAUGAAGACCUGUCGCCUCGUCUCGAAAAUGUGGGACGCUGGAGCCACACUCAUUCUUAAAAAUGAAACCAUGCUUCAUCUAAAUUUCAACCUCACUCCGACUGAAACCCAAAGGAAUCAAAGAUUUGUCGCAGAAAUGGCUCAAUCUGCAUUUAUGAAUCCACCCAAUUUACAAAUUGACCUCGGAGGUGCUCCUGAAUCUGAGGAAUACAAUGAGUUCGCAUUUGCGCAGAGUGUCGCCUUGUUCAAAAAAUUCACUUUGAUCCGAAGGUUAAAACUUCGGGGGGGUAUUACGCAAGCUUGGCAAGAUGCAAUGGUGGAAGCUAUUUUCUUAAAUAUUCACGACAAUGUGGCCCAUUUGGAAUUGGACUUGCGAUAUUAUCUUCAAAAAACAACGCCUACCCUGGAAUUUUGUCAGGGAAAGAAAUUCAUGAAUUUGAAAAGAUUGGAUUUCUUGUAUGGCAUCCCAAGUAAAAUAUGGGGCCGAAGGAUUUCAGCGUUUCCAAACCUGGAAGAACUUUCAGUGGAUGCCAAGUCUCUAAAACAUGAAGAAGUCCGAGGUCUAAAGUCACCAUGCCUUUGCAUCCCGGCGAUUUGGAAAUUGCGGAGGCAAUUUUUCGAUUGUUCGAUCAUAAACUUAUCGAUUACGUCGUCCUGACGGAGCGGGAAUAGCGAGUUGCCCUCCAGGCAAUUCCAUUGCACCUCCGAGAGAUGGCGAGGGUUUGGUGCUACGCAUCUAUUUGCCACUCCAAGCGUUAUAACGCAACUUCAGCUUUUAAAAGCUUGUGUACUAAUCGUUUGUACAUGAGAUUAGCGAAGUUGCAAAAAUUUCUGCGUAUUUAUUUAAUUAAUGUUAAUUUUUUUAAAGAAAUAUUAUUAAAUAAGUUCCAAAAUUAA